UCUCAAAUUACUCAUCGCAAUUUCUUCAAGGUGGCGGGAGAGGUUGAGAAGCUUGUUGUGAUGUGUCUCUUGGAGUUGACAAAGCUCCAAAUGAGUGGCUUAGGAUACAAGAUGCGCACACAAAUUACCAAGGCGCUCAAGAGCCGCGCCGUUGCCGUGCACCAUGCACUCGAGCAGUACAACAAGCUGGCGGACAAGAUGCAGCCUCUGCGUUCCCACCUCUCAUGGGACAACAUUGUUGACUCAUCGUUUCUAGCUGAGUUCUCCCUGCUUUGUGAAACAAAUCCCAACAUUUUGUCCAAGCGCUGGGCUGAUCCAGCCCGCCGUGUGCUGGCGGUGCAGCAUUUUGAGAUGUGCCGCGCCAAGGAGGAGAUUGUGCGGUGUAACAUAGAAAUUCUGCACUUACUCACCAAAAUCCACGAUGACCAGGUUGAUAUGCUACAAGCCAUCAAGACCGUCAAGGCUACCAAUCCAGCGCUGGCAGCAGAGAUGGAAAAGUGGUGGCGCUACCUCCGCCGCGUAAAC